UGUCAAAUUCACUAUUGUACUUUUUAUAUUGAUUUUGUAAUAUUUAAUUUUCCAUCAAGCAAUGAUUUUUUCAAUCUGAAAGAUGAUGGACGAGUUAGUACCGUUAGUAUUGCAAGCUAUAUAACUCGUGAUACAAUAGAAAACUUUUAUUCGUGUUAUAUUUAUCAUCAUAGAAAUAAAUCAAAUAAAGAUUUAGGUCCAACUCUCUUUACAUUUGGUAUUACUGUGAUGAACAAAAGUGAAGAAUAUGAAAGUACAAUUUGGAAGCAAUGGAGUCUUAUCUGUAAAGUUGUGAUUAUGUGUUUCAUAUUCUUGAUAAUUUGGUGUUUAUUAGAAAUAUUUCAGGAUGCUCGAAAUGGGCAUGGUUUUUAUAGACUUCCACAAAUGCUUAACAUCAAUCCCACAUCCACUAUAAAUUUCAUCUUAUCUAAGAAUGGUGUAACAUUACUCGGUAGUCAACAAGCUGCAAAUGAAGUUGUAUCAAGAAUUUUAGAAGAUAACUAAGCUUUUUAAU